CCGGUGGGACCAUGCCGUCCUACACCGUCACCGUGGCUACGGGCAGCCAGUGGUUCGCGGGCACCGACGACUAUGUGUACCUGAGCCUGGAGGGCACUGCGGGCUGCAGCGAGAGGCACCUCCUGGACAAACCCUUCUACAACGACUUCGAGCGCGGCGCGGUUGACUCCUAUGACGUGACGGUGGAAGAAGACCUUGGAGAAAUUCAGCUAAUUAAAAUUGAGAAACGAAAAUAUUGGUACCAAGAUGACUGGUACCUUAAGCACGUCACUGUCAAAACACCACUGGGCGAUCAUCUGGAAUUCCCAUGUUACCGUUGGAUUACAGAUGAGAAAGAAGUUGUCCUUCGAGAUGGAAGAGCAAAGCUCCCCCGGGAUGACAAGACCCAGAUACUCAAGCAGCACAGACGCAAAGAGCUUGAGGAUCGUCAGAAAAUGUACCGCUGGAAGGAGUGGCAUCCUGGCUUUCCAUUGAGCAUUGAUGCCCAUUGUCACAGUGAGCUGCCCCGUGACAUCCAGUUUGACAACGAGAAAGGAAUCGACUUCAUUCUGAACUACUCCAAAGCGAUGGAGAAUCUCUAUAUCAACCGUUUUAUGCACAUGUUCCAGUCUUCCUGGAGUGAUUUUGCAGAUUUUGAGAAGAUCUUUGUGAGAAUCAGUAACACAAUCUCUGAAUAUGUGAUGCAGCACUGGAAAGAAGAUUUUAUGUUUGGCUACCAGUUCCUGAAUGGCUGCAAUCCUGUGCUGAUACGGCGAUGCACAGAGAUUCCCAAGAAAUUGCCAGUGACCAUGGAUAUGGUAGAAUGCAGCCUGGAAAGGAACUUGACCCUGGAGGAAGAAGUGAAGCAAGGAAACAUUUUCAUUGUGGACUAUGAACUGCUGGAUGGCGUGGAUGCCAAUAAGACAGACCCAUGUACAAUACAGUACUUGGCUGCACCCAUCUGUUUGCUGUACAAGAAUCUGGAGAAUAAAAUAGUACCCAUUGCAAUCCAGCUUGGUCAAAAGCCUGGGCCAGAAAAUCCCAUUUUCCUUCCUUCAGAUGCCACCUAUGACUGGCUGCUGGCCAAAAUUUGGGUUCGCUCAUCUGAUUUCCACAUCCACCAGACAGUGACCCAUCUCUUACGGACACACCUUGUCUCAGAGGUGUUCAGCAUUGCCAUGUUCCGGCAGCUGCCUGCUGUACAUCCCCUCUUCAAGCUGUUGGUGCCACACAUGCGAUUCACAAUAGCCAUCAACACCAAAGCUCGAGAACAGCUCAUCUGUGAAUGUGGCCUUUUUGACAAGGCAAAUGCCACAGGUGGAGGAGGACACGUGCAAAUGGUUCAGAAAGCAAUGAAAGAUCUGACUUACAGCUCACUCUGCUUCCCUGAAGAUAUCAAAGCUAAGGGGAUGGACAGCAAAGAGGAUAUCCCCUACUACUAUUACCGAGAUGAUGGCAUUAGAGUUUGGGAGGCAAUAAAGAGUUUUGCAGAGGAUGUGAUUCAAAUCUACUACGAGAGCGAUGAGGUGGUGUGUGAGGAUGUGGAACUCCAGGCCUUUGUCAAAGACAUUUACAUGUAUGGGAUGAGGGGCGUGAAGGCCUCAGGGUUUCCUAAGGUGAUCAAGACACGGGAGAAACUAGCAGAAUAUCUCACAGUGAUAAUAUUCACCACAUCAGCCCAGCACGCAGCUGUGAAUUUUGGUCAGUAUGACUGGUGCUCCUGGAUUCCCAAUGCCCCACCGACAAUGCGCUGCCCUCCUCCGACAGAAAAGGGGACAGUCACCAUCGAGCAGAUUGUGGAGAGUCUGCCAGACAGAGGGCGUUCUUGUUGGCAUCUGGGAGCUGUCUGGGCCUUGAGUCAGUUCCAGGACAAUGAACUGUUUCUGGGCAUGUAUCCGGAUGAACAUUUUGUGGAGAAGCCGGUGAAAGAGGCGAUGGCAAAAUUCCGCAAGAAUCUGGAUGAGAUCGUCAGCGCCAUCACUGAGCGCAACAAGAACAAAAAGCUCCCUUACUACUACCUGUCCCCAAAUCGCAUUCCCAACAGUGUUGCUGUUUGAGCAACAAGGAGAGCUCAGCAGAGUAUAAACCCAGUGCAUGUUUUCCUGUUACAUAUGGUUCACAUUAGAGACCUUUCAGAGAUUUGUAAAAUAACAAACACGCCCUCUCCAUCAGAGCUGACCCAUACUCUAUUUUGGCUUUUAAAGCAAAUUUAACUAUGACAAAUCUUGCACACAGUUUAGCUGGUGACUCCUUAGGUCAAAUUUUUUACAAGCUUAUAUCACCAAGAUUUUUAUAUUACUCUUAGAAUCAAUACCUGCAUUAGUGUUAGCUUUCCCUUUCCCAAUCAGAACAAAGAAAUCACAGAAAUUACACUGCUUUCAAGCUGAGUACUGCCACGCUGUGUGUGAGAAUUGGACAUAGCAGUGAAAAGGUACUGAAUGAAGAUGGGUGUCUUCACGUUCCUCAUUUCGCUCAUCUGAUUCAAUGAAAAUAGUAUCAGGAGCAAUAAACAGGUCUUUUAAA